AUGGCCCCCACAGCACCAGCCAAGAAACGAAAGCAGUCAGUCGAGGCCACGGAGCUAUCGGAUGACGAAAUCAUUGAUGGGCUCCUCGACGGCGCGCUUUCUCAGAGCGAGGACGACAGCGAUUUUGUAGCUUCAGGGGAUGAGGACGAGGAAGACGAGGAGGACGAGGAUGAGGACGAAGACGACGAAGAUGACGACAAGCAAGACAUUGGAGAUUUGCAAGAUCUUAGCCUCAACGACUUGGACGACGAUGCGCUGAACAAGGAAUUGGCCAAAGAUGGCGCGAAUGGCGGUUCAGGAGAUAAACCAGAGGCAGACGACGAGGAAAGACCAAACUACAGGGUUGUCGAGGAUGCGAAUGGCGGUAUACGCUAUGUUUACGACGAGAUUGACCCGGUCUACGACUCAGACGACUCGGACAAGGAGGAGGAGAACAGAAUUGGCGACAUCCCGCUGUCUUUCUACGAGGCGUACCCCCAUGUUGGUUACACGAUCGACGGCAAGAAGCUUAUGCGUCCGGCAGAGAGGAGACAGGCUCUGGAUUCUCUACUAGACAGUAUUGAGAUACCUAAGGGCUGGACCGGCUUGACGGAUCCGUCCACUGGAAAGCCACUCAACUUGAGCCAAGAUGAGCUUGAGCUUCUGAAGCGUGUCCAGAUGAACGAGAUCCCUGAAGAGGGCUACGAUCCUUAUCCUGACACGGUCGAAUACUUUACCGGUAUCGAGGAGAAGAUGCCCCUGAGCGCUGCCCCUGAACCAAAGCGAAGAUUCAUUCCCUCAAAACAUGAAGCAAAGAGAGUCAUGAAACUUGUUCGCGCCAUCAGAGAGGGCCGCAUACAGCCGUACAAGUCGAAGGAGGAGCGCGAGAAGGAGGAAGAGGACAAGGAAGAGAAAUACUACGACGUAUGGCAGGAUGAGCAGCCACGCGACCCCCACGUUAUGCACAUACCGGCACCGAAGCUCGCACCGCCGGGCUACGAUAUGAGCUACAAUCCGCCGCCAGAGUACCUCCCGACAAAGGCAGAGAGGGAGGAAUGGGAGAAGAUGGAUCCCGAGGACAGGGAAAAGGAGUAUCUGCCGCAGAAGUUCGAUGCCCUAAGGAAGGUACCCGGCUAUGAGACUUUUGUCAAGGAGCGCUUUGAGCGUUGCUUGGACCUCUAUCUUGCGCCCAGGGUACGCAAGAACAGGUUGAACAUUGACCCGGCCUCAUUAUUACCCAAACUUCCCAGGCCCGAGGAGCUCAAGCCGUUCCCUACCGUCUGUCAAGCAAUCUUCAGAGGCCACGAAGGCCGUGUUAGAUCGUCGGCAAUUGACCCAACGGGACUGUGGCUCGCAACAGGAGGUGACGACGGCUACGUUAGGAUAUGGCUCAUCAACCCAGCUCGUCAAGUGUGGGCCGUCAAACUCAGCAGCGACGAGGCUGUGAACGCCGUGCGAUGGAGACCGACAAAGGACACCAUGAUCCUCGCCGCGGCCGCCGGAGAGGAGAUAUUCCUGAUGGUGCCGCCAGACAUCGAUCCGGAGGUCGAACAAACCAGCCGUGCCGUCCUUGAUGCUGGUUUUGGACACGCUGCUGGUGGCGCAGAUAAGCUGACGGCUGACGGCAAGGCGCCGCCAGCGAAAUGGGCACGCCCGGGUGCGAGGUUGGAGGACGAGGGCGUGCUCGUGAAGGUGACGGUACGAUCGCCCGUCAAGGUUAUCAGCUGGCACAGGAGAGGCGACCACUUCUGUACCGUGUCUCCAUCCGGUCAGCGCAGCUCGGUGGCGGUACAUACCCUUUCCAAACACUUGUCGCAAAUCCCCUUCCGAAAGCUGUCAGGUCUUGCACAAGUCGCUCACUUCCACCCUUCGAGGCCGCUCUUCUUUGUCGCGACACAGCGCACGAUCCGCUGCUACGACUUGCAGCGGUUGGAGCUGGUCAAGGUGGUGCAGCCCGGUGCCAGGUGGAUCUCGUCGUUCGACAUACAUCCUGGUGGCGACAACCUCAUUGUUGGCUCCUACGACAGGCGGCUGCUGUGGCACGAUCUGGACUUGUCUACUCGUCCGUACAAGACGAUGCGGUUCCACCCGCAAGCCAUCAGGGCCGUCAAAUACCACCGCGGUGGGCUGCCACUGUUUGCAGACGCCAGCGACGACGGUUCGCUGCAGAUCUUCCAUGGCAAGGUUGUCAGUGAUCUCAUGGAGAACGCAACCAUUGUGCCGCUCAAAUCACUCAAGGGUCACCGGGUCAUCGAUUCGCUUGGUGUCAUGGAUGUAGACUGGCACCCAUCAGAACCUUGGUGUAUCUCGGCCGGUGCCGAUGGGACGUGCCGACUGUGGAUGUAG